AUGGAAUAUACAAUCCUGUUAUCAGCGCUCGUACUUUUCGCCGCUUUGUAUCGAACUGAAAGCGCCCCUUCAAGAAGAUCACGAGCCAUUUCAACGCCCGAAACGGUUUCAGAACGAGAAAGCAAACUCGAAGAUGUCUUUAAAGAGGGUACAACAUCAGCUCCGGAGCCUACCAAUAGGAGAAAUAAGGCUCUCAACUUAUUUGGAGGAUAUUUCCCAUCUUAUUUGUCUUCCGGUCUAGAUUACAUGGAAGACGAUGAUGAUGACGUUACAUUCUCCGUGAAUGAUGAUCAUUUAGACGAUGAUGAUAUUUCACGGACCAUUCCUUCAAAACGCCGUCAACAGAAUAAGAAAAAGAAUGGAAGUGGUAACACCUUUCCCAAUGAUAAUCUAAAUUCUCUCCAAUACGAUAAUUCCCCUAUCUUUUACAUCAGAUUGCCACCCACCCCAUACAUGUUUGUACCAGGUUUGGGUUAUGUGUCACAGCCUCCAACUCUUGGACCCGCGAUGCCACCAAUGAUGCCUCAGGUUCCUCAACAAGUAUCAGAUCCUUUUAUCAACCUACCCAUAGACUUUGUAUCUAACGGAAAACCAACAGGAGUUUACCAAUGGAGCGGAUCUUCUGGUUUUCCACCAGCACCUCAAAUGUCAGUUGAUCCAUUCGGGUAUGGACCAUCUCAACCCAUGCCACCAGUACAUCGCCCAAGUUACAGCUCACCCUCGUACUCAAAACCAAAACCACAAUCUGUUUCAAGUAAUUCAAAGAUCACCAAUCUUAAGGGACCAUACGUUUUUAAUGGUAAACCCGGCGAUAGUGUAUACGUGCUUCGGGACACCUACAACUCUAUAUACUCUGAUGCUCUUCAAAAUUUCUAUCCUUAA